AUGACGACAAUCUCCCAGGGAAAAAGAUUCUAUCUAUCUAUCUAUCUAUCUAUCUAUCUAUCUAUCUAUCUAUCUAUCUAUCUAUCUAUCUCAGCUUGUUCCUAUCUAUCUAUCUAUCUAUCUAUCUAUCUAUCUAUCUAUCUAUCUAUCUAUCUAUCUAUCUAUCUAUAUGCAUAUAUAAAUAAAAGAACAUUUUUUAAUCAUUCUCUCACUCUCUCACUCUCUCUCUGCCACAAUUUUAAUAUACUUCCAUUUUCUUCUCUCUCUCUCUAUUUAUCUAUCUAUCUAUUUCAGUUUUCAAUCUUUUCUCUCACUCUCACUCUCUUUCUAUCUGCCAUAGAAGUCAUUUAUGAUAUCGAUAAAGAUUUCUUUCUUUCUUUCUUUCUUUCUUUCUUUCUUUCUUUCUUUCUUUCUUUCUUUCUCAAGUCACUUUCUUUAUUUACCAAAUUACACAGCUGUCUUUUUCUAGUUGCAUAUUUUGACAUUUUUGUCCUUCGAAAUUUUUACUCCCUUAUCUGUUUAUUUUUGACUUUACGUAAAUUAUCUCUACAACUCAUCUAUAUCUAUCUAUCUAUCUAUCUAUCUAUCUAUCUAUCUAUCUAUCUAUCUGUGCCUUCUGUUCAUAUCUAUCUAUCUAUCUAUCUAUAUCUAUCUAUCUAUCUAUCUAUCUUAGUCUGUCCUCACAUCUAUUCUAUCUAUCUAUCUAUCUAUCUAUCUAUCUAUCUAUCUAUCUAUCUGUGCCUUCUGUUCAUAUCUAUCUAUCUAUCUAUCUAUCUAUCUAUCUAUCUAUCUAUCAUUCUUAGUCUGUCCACAUCUAUCUAUCUAUCUAUCUAUCUAUCUAUCUAUCUAUCUAUCUAUCUGUGCCUUCUGUUCAUAUCUAUCUAUCUAUCUAUCUAUCUAUCUAUCUAUCUAUCUAUCUAUCUAUCUAUCUAUCUAUCUAUCUUACUCUCUAUCCAGCUCAUUCUGCCUCUUUUUAUCUAUCUAUCUAUCUAUCUAUCUAUCUAUCUAUCUAUCUAUCUAUCUAUCUACAUCUAUUCCGUCUUCUCCGUCUUUAUCUAUAUAUAUGGAAAUCACAUUCUGUCAAAAUUUUUUACAAUGUAA